AUGGCGACACAGCUGCGUUACCCGGGCAAGGUGGUGAUCGUGACCGGUGGCACCUCAGGCAUUGGUCUGUCCAUCGUGAGAGAAUUUGUUCGCCAGGGAGCCAAUGUGGUCUUCUUUUCAAAACCAUCCGAAGCGGAAAAGGGGAAAGCAAUUCAGAGAGAGCUGCAGGAUUCACGGUGCCCAGGGGAUGCUUACUUCGAGGUCUGUGAUGUCCGCAAGGAGGCAGACAUUAAGAGGUUGAUUUCGGCCACUCUAGAACGUUAUGGGUGCCUGGACUGCUUGGUGAACAAUGCUGGAGAUGUUAGACUUGACAAGAUAGACGAUGUGACUGCCCAAGACUUCUACAGCACCAUGGAACUCAAUACUCGGAGCAUUUUGUUGGCAUCAAAAUAUGCACUGCCCUACUUACGGGAAACGAGAGGAAACAUCAUCAACAUGGCCAGUCUUGCUGGUAUGAUUGGGACCAACCAUAGAGUGACGUAUUCCUCAAGCAAGGGUGCAGUUAUUGCAAUGACCAAAACUCUGGCCAUAGAUGAGAGCAAAUAUGGAGUACGAGUCAACUGUGAAUUUACCAGCCCCCUCUUGCUAGUAGGAGCUAAAAUUGACAAGAUAGAUGAUGUGACUGCCCAAGAUGCCCGCAACGCCAUGGAAUUCAACACUCUGAGUAUUUUGUUAGCAUCAAAGUAUGCGCUGCCCUACUUACGGGAAACGAGAGGAAACAUCAUCAACAUGGCCAGUAUUACUGCAUGGGGUCCCCGGGCACUCCCACGGACAGGGGCGUGUGAUGACAACGCCUUAGCCGCCCGGACGCUGCCGCUGCUCACGCCCCCUCAGCAUCGCAGCAUCCCUGGCGCUAUUGUAAAGCUAGCCCCCACAGCCAAUGGGCUGCGCCUCCCAGCGCCUGCACAGAGCAGCCCAGUGGCACAGCGGCCUGGCGGGAGAGGGGAAGGGAGGAGGCUUAGCGAAAUACUUCCCCCGGCGGCAAUGGUGGACCAGAGGUUGAUUUCGGCUACUCUGGAGCGUUAUGGAUGCCUCGACACCUGCUUGGUGAACAAUGCUGGAGAUGAGUCACGAGAUUUUCGGACGAUAGAUGAUGUGACUGCCCAAGACGUCCGCAACGUCAUGGAACUCAACACUCUGAGCAUUUUGUUAGCAUCAAAGUAUGCGCUGCCCUACUUACGGGAAACAAGAGGAAACAUCAUCAACAUGGCCAGUAUUAUUGGUGUGAUUGGGCUGAAAAACAGAGUGACGUAUUCCCUAAGCAAGGGUGCGAUUAUUGCAAUGACCAAAACUCUGGCCAUAGAUGAGAGCAAAUACGGAGUCCGAGUCAACUGCAUCUCACCAGGUAGUAUCUGGACACCCUUGUGGGAAAGGAAUGCAAAUGAGACCCCGAAUCCAGAAGCUACAAUCCAGGAAAACAAAGAUUUUCAGCUAAUAAGACGUUUUGGGACCCCAGAAGAAGUGGCUUUGGCUGCCCUGUAUCUUGCCGCUGAUGGAACUUUCUGCACUGGUUUCAACCUUAUACUCAGUGGUGGAGGUGAAGUUGGCUUUGGGAAGAAGGCCCAGGUGGAUUCUGAGCCUGACGCAUGUGCAAGUGGAAACUCACAAGACUCCUUCAUCAAGCAAUAG